CUAAACAGAUCGAGUUCUGGGAAAAAUGAGGAAAAGAAAGGGAAUAAGGGAAAUGGGAAAAGUGAAUCUGUUUCUGAAGGUGGAAAGACAGCUGUGGUGUUUUCCUUGAAGAAUGAAGUUGGUGGAUUGGUGAAAGCUCUCCGACUCUUCCAGGAGAAGCAUGUGAGUAUGGUUCAUAUUGAAUCACGAAAAUCGAAAAGGAGGAGCUCAGAGGUGGAAAUUUUUGUCGACUGCGACUGCAGUAAGAAAGAAUUUAAUGAACUAAUCCAGUUGCUCAAGUUUCAAACUAAUAUUGUAUCUCUCAAUCCACCAGAAAACAUCUGGACUGAUGAAGAAGAUCUCGAAUGUGUCCCUUGGUUCCCCAGGAAGAUAUCUGAAUUAGACAAAUGCUCACAGAGAGUUUUGAUGUAUGGGUCUGAGCUGGAUGCAGAUCACCCUGGAUUUAAAGACAAUGUCUAUCGACAGAGAAGAAAGUACUUUGUGGAUGUUGCCAUGAGCUAUAAAUACGGUCAACCCAUUCCCAGAGUGGAGUACACAGCUGAAGAAAUUAAAACAUGGGGGGUGGUAUUUAGGGAACUCAGUAAACUCUAUCCCACCCAUGCUUGUCGUGAAUAUUUAAAAAACUUUCCUCUGCUGACCAAGUACUGUGGAUACAGAGAGGAUAAUGUGCCUCAACUGGAAGAUGUUUCUAUUUUUCUUAAAGAAAGGUCUGGCUUCACAGUGAGACCAGUUGCUGGAUACCUAUCUCCCCGAGAUUUUUUAGCUGGCUUAGCAUAUAGAGUUUUUCACUGUACUCAGUACAUACGACAUGGCUCAGAUCCUCUCUACACACCAGAACCGGAUACGUGUCAUGAGCUCCUGGGACACGUGCCUCUACUUGCUGAUCCCAAGUUUGCACAGUUUUCACAAGAGAUAGGACUUGCUUCACUGGGAGCAUCUGAUGAAGAUGUUCAGAAAUUAGCCACU